CCAUGUGGAAGAGCCUGACUCACUGCACUUGGCCUAGGGAGUGGUACCCCGUCGUUGCUAGGAUGAUGGUUACCAUGGUGAAGAUACUCUGUGGUAAUCACAACCCAAAGUUCAAUGUGAUUGAAGAUGCUUUCUCAUCUGUUGAGUACAUCAGGAGUGGGGAGACAGAACGGACCCUAGUUUUGAUGCUUACUCUCUUGUGCAACACCAACCAAGCCUUGCCUCCUGAUUGUGAAAUCCUGAUCCGCAGAUCCUUGAACUCCAUCAGACUUGACAGAGAAUUUUUGCCACAGAUGCUCUACAUGAUGGUCAAGGCAGCAAAAGAGGCAAGUGGGCUCCAAGGUAUUGUAGAAGUUCUGCAAGAAGUGCUGCGUCAAAGAGACCAGUGUCUGUAUCAAUGUGUGUGGGGUACAAUUGGUAAAAAGUUUAGCACUGCGAAGGGAUUGGUCAAUCAUCCAGUUAGACCUGCAUCUUUCUGCCCCACAUAUAACAUGCCUCUCACAGAUGUUCAAGACACAGCAAGCAGCUACUCAGAUACAGGGAAGGAAGCAGAAAUCUAUGAGGAGGAGACAGAGGAAGUUGAUGAGCAAGAAAUCUUAGAUGCAGAAAAGUCAGCCAAAAGACUUCAAAUGGAAAAGAAGCUUGUUGUUUGUCUUUUGGUAAUUCGAGCAUGCAGGAAGUUCAAUCAACUGAGACAAGUACCUAAUCAGGCAGCAUCUGCAUCGACCAAGGACAAUGGCCUUCCGAAUCUAAUACAACACAUCACUAUUGAUAACACCAUGUGUGGGUAUUGUGGAGUUAACUUCUCAAGUGCCCCUACAACUCAAGAUUGGGAAGAAGAAAAGGAAGAAAGUCCAGCAUCACAGCAGACAAGAUCAAUUUCCCCUAUCAUGACGAAUGAUACUGCAAGUUCGCCCAUGCCCAAUGUUUCACCCCAACCAUAUCUGUAUCAGAGUCAGUUAUCAUGGGAACCUACUAAAAGUAUAGACACCCAGUUUGCCUCACUGGAUGAGGUAGGGCACCUGUCAGAUAGUGCACAGCCCACCCACAUCUUUGACCCAACAGUAGAGCAAGCCAAGCAGAGAAACAGUCAUGAGAAUACCACGGACCAUAAAGAGCAAAAGCAGUAUUUUGGAAUAUUCCACUCAGUAUAUGUGAAAAAAGUAUUACCUCUACUGCAGGAAUUUGAGGAUUUUAAGCAACAGUUACCAUGCAAAGAUGAACGUAAUGCAGAAGCUCUUCAUUUCAAGCUACAUGAACUUACAAAUGCAAUCAUGCAUCUGAAAGAUGCUGUGAACAGUGUGAUUCAACAAAAGAUGUGGGGAAGUACUAAAGAAGUUCUUGACCAAGUAGAGAAGGUUGCAAUAAAGUUGAGAGCAGGAAUGCCCAUUUUUAUGGAGUGGCAGAGGGAGGCAGAGGCCAAGAAGCACAGAAUAGCUGUAGCUCAGGAGAAAGCAGCUGAAGAAAUGGAUGAAGAGAUAGUCAAUGCACACGAUGAAGAUGAGAAUAAGGUGGGCCAUCUUCUACCAGUGACGGAAGGGCCAGGUGGUCAGAGACAGAUAAAGAAAAAUAAGAAGAAAAUGAAACGUAAACGCAGCAGGCAGAAAUAGUUUUUAUUAAGUUCUUUCACAUUUACUACAUGUAUAUACACAUUGUGUUAUGUUAUGCUGAUUUAGACCAUGUUCUAAAGAAAAACUUUUAAAAUUCCGUUUAGAAAUGUGAAAAAAAUUCACAAAAGUUGACAUUUUUCAGU